GUUAGUACGAUUUAGUUAGGACCCUGUGUGCUUUUGGCUGUAUAGUUCCUGUACGUUAAUAAAAAUUUAUACCUAUAUACAUAUAUACACACACAUGUUUAUAGAAUAUUAAAAGCAGUAAAAAAAUCCGGAACAAAAACGGCUUGUGUAGGCUUUGUGCUCUCGUCGAAUAUCUCGGUGUUGCAAUUUUAACGAAGCUGAAGAAGGAAAAUCUCAAUUAACCAUCGAAGGAGCCUCUGCUGUGUUCGAGCAAGGCAGGCGGUGAAGGUGAACAACAAGAAGCAAACGAAGAAGAAUAAGAAGAAGAAUAUUGUGUGUGUUUUUUGGCAUAUAGUGUGUGCUCUGCCGGGACCCAACAAGAUCCCGACUAGUGGAAGCAUUGAAAAAGUUAAAUAAAACAAACCUACGGAACACAACAGUCAAGGCACGAAAGAAGAAAAAUCUAACGGAAAACCAGAAGCAGAACAAAGGAAAAUUAAGCGGAACUGACAGAAACAUUUAAUUUUAUUUCGAUAUCCUUCGCUCCUUUUGUGUUCUGUGCCACUCUCUGUCUCUGUGUGUCUAUCUCUCCGGUAUCUCCACGCGAGAAGGAGAGCCUUCCGUUCAUUUAUUUUGCUUUUUCGGUGAUUUAGUUAUUAUAGGCGUCUCCACUAGCCUCUGCUUUCCUGUCCUGGAAAAUAAUAAAAAAAAAAAUAAAACCAAAGGAACUAAGUGGGGGUGGAAGUGCUAGUGCUGCUCUAUCUAUCUCUCCGGUAUAUCUGUACUACUACUGUACGUGAGUAUAGAUAAUUUCAACGUUCGCGCAAAAUAGUGAAAACUUCAACGUCUGCUUGGCUAGUAGUUGGCCCGACUCUCCUUCCGCGCGUACGACCCGGUUGUGCCCACAAGGGCCGGAACGUCAAUACAGCGGAAAAAAAAAAUCUUGGUGGUCGCCGUCGUUCCAUCAAAAAAACGUUUUUCCGCCUGAAGUGGAGAGCUCGCUUGGAAAAGCUAAGAAGGGAAGGAUAAUAAAAAAGUAAAAAGGGCAUAUAAUAAAAACUAGUAUAUAAAAAAUCAUAGCUCGACCCUGCACAGUGUGCCACAGAAAGGGGCAGGUCCUUCAGCGACAAAGAAGAAAUAAAAGAAGAAGUAACCCAGUCGCGGUUCAUCCCUUGAAAAGCUCAAACAAGCCGGACGCCAUCCGCGAAGGAAGCAGAGUAGGCCACGACGAUAAGGAAAAGUGUCUGCGCCAUCGCCUCCUACGACUUGAAAGAAAAACCGGGACACUCUCCGUCACAACAUUUCGCGCGAGAAAAGCGCCGCAGACCCGUGCAUAUCGUGCUGAGAUAUUAUUUACAUUUCAUUUCAUUUUAAUAGCUUCACUCUCGUGAAGUGGAAGCCCCCCAGUUUGAAACAACAAAAAGAAAUCGUCCGUUUUGUUUGAGAUCCUGGGCCCCCGGUUGUUCCGGCCUCCGGUAGUACAUUUUGUUUUUCUUUUGCCUCGCGCAGAAAGCCGCCGUGUAGUGUGUGUGUUGUUUAGAAGCAAUUACUUUCAUUAGAGUGCAAACGAUCCGAACCGUGACCGAGCAAAUUGUGGACUGUUUGUGCGUUUCCAUAGUCAAUUAUACGUGUUAGUCGAAUACACUCAGACUCAGCAGAGUCGGACCACAGAGCUAAGCAAACAUAAUCCAAAAUCCGAGCAGAGGUCGAAUAUUUCAAGCUAUUCACUCCGUUUCGGUAUCCUUCGUUGACCUUGAUAGAUCGUGAGCGAAGCGGCGGCGGUUUUUGGAAAAUAAAAACCAAAAAGGGAUCAGGGAUCCGAGAGCCACCCUCGAACGCCGGUAUCAGGAGGACCAGUGUGCGCUACAAGCAAGCAGAGCCCGCAGCAGAGCGAGAGCGUAGAAAGAUGUUGGCAAUGUCAACACUAAUGAUGCCUGCACCGACGAUGGCCCUCAGUGCCGCUCCCCAGCUGACCGUUGGACCGCACAAACCUCCGGAAACGAAACUGCUCACAAUCCAUCCGGCCCACUCGCAAUCACAAACAACCCCGCAGCAUCAGCUGCACCAGCACCAACAGCAGCAGCAGGCCGUGGCUCAGGCCCAACAGCAGCAGGCCGCGCAACAGCAGGUUGCCCAGCAGCAGGCCGCGGCCCAACAGCAGCAAGCCCAACAGCAAGCGCAGCAGCAGCAGCAACUCCAACAGCAACUGGCCGCCUCCGUCAAGCAGGAAAUGUCGUCGUCGUACCACUGGCAUCUGCCACCGGCGAGCAGUGGAAAUGCAGUCGUCAAGAUGCCCUGGAAGACGUCCUCGAUGACGACGACGACGACGACGGCGGGGAUGGGCGCAACGACGGUGCGACACCACGGUUCUAAUGAGAACUUAGAGCAUUAUCACAUAUUUGUCGGUGAUCUAAGUCCGGAAAUCGAAACGCAGACACUGAAAGAUGCCUUCGCUCCUUUUGGGGAUAUAUCAGAUUGCCGCGUGGUUCGAGAUCCACAAACGCUGAAAUCCAAAGGCUACGGCUUUGUGUCGUUCGUGAAGAAAUCGGAAGCGGAGAAUGCAAUUGCUGCCAUGAAUGGACAAUGGCUCGGAUCGAGAUCCAUUAGGACAAACUGGGCCACCAGAAAACCCCCGGCUACCAAGGCAGAAUUGAACGCCAAACCGCUUACCUUCGACGAGGUUUACAACCAAAGCAGUCCAACCAACUGUACCGUUUACUGCGGCGGCGUCGGUGGCACUCUGGCCGGCGGACUCAGCGAAGAGAUCCUGCAGAAGACGUUCUCUCCGUUCGGUACCAUCCAGGAAAUCCGCGUCUUCAAGGACAAAGGAUAUGCAUUUGUGAGAUUCUCCACCAAGGAAGCCGCCACUCACGCCAUCGUUGCUGUACACAACUCGGAAAUCAACGCUCAAACGGUCAAAUGCUCCUGGGGUAAGGAAAGUGGUGACCCGAACAAUGCUCCCUCACUGGCGAGUCAAGCAUUGAGCCAGGCCGGAUUCCCCUUCAAUACGGCUUAUGGUCAACAGGUUGCCGGCUACUGGUAUCCACCCGCUCCGACCUACCCAACCACGCCGGCACCUGCUGCAGCCCCCCUACAAGGUCAGUUCCUCCAGGGAAUGCAAGGCUACACGUAUGGACAGUUUGCCGGCUACCAGCAAGGAUACAUGGGAAUGGGAAUGCAGCUGCCAGGUGCCUGGCCCGGUGUCCCAACUCAGGCGCAAAUCCCUGCCACUGCUCAACAGCUAGCUCAGGCCGGCGUCGGUGGUGCCCUCCCACAAGCAACAGGUGUCGUCGCCUAUCCAAUGCAGCAGUUUCAGUUGGCUGACGAUGAAUGGCUAGCGCCCAGCCUUCUAGUGUAGCUCCCUUGAUGGCCCUCGUCACUGUGCGGCUGUGCGGUGCCACAGCACAAGUAGAUCUCCUUUUUUCAUCCCCAACCAAAAUCAUCCAAAAUAAAAAAAAAAAACACCGUGUUCCUCCAUCAUCGCAACGCAAUUUUGGCGUGCGCCACCAGCGGAGGAUCACACCCCCUCCCCCCUCCCAAUAAAUACCCCCAGUGAUUAUCGCAUUUCCGGUCGAAAUCGAACGAAAAUGGUAAAAGUAAGCGCGUUUAAACAAGCGAAGAAAAAAAAAUGAAGCGGUAAGAUGAAAAAGAAGAAAAACUUGAAGUAUUACACAUACACUGGAAGAAAAAAGAUUGGUGUUUGUACCAAGAAAAAAAAUAACAAAAAAAAAAUUAACACACCCAAGGCAUAUAUAAAAUUGACAUAAUUGGUAAGACACACCCUUAGAUAGUAACAAUGAAAGCAGCAGCGUUAAUGACGUUUGUAAAUAAUGGAUGAUAAAUAUUGGAAUUAAAUUGAAAACAAGUAAAGGGGAGAAAUCUACCAGCAAAACAUUUAACACCUAAAAAGAAGGUGAAUAGUAGACAAGUAAGUAAGACAGACAAAAAAAACCGAUAGCGUCAUACUCACACAUACACAUGCAGCUCUGAAUCGUCCAGUGAAAUGAAAUCAAAACACAUUCGUUUGUACAUGAGUAACCCGCGAUACAAUAUCAAUCGAAGCAGGCAUUGAAAUCGCGUGAAAGAUUUCCAAGUAUGUCCCAGUGCAUACUGCCGUCAAAACCACGUCACGAUCGAAGUAUUAGACCGUUGAUUUUAAACUAAAUUUUCAGGUCUCUCUAUUUUCGGAGAUUUUUUAUAGCAUUGUGAUCAAACGAGAAUAAGCAAAAUCAAAACGAACGAUAAAUGCAUUAUUUUUCGAUAUGAUUGAUUUAAACAGUAAAAUUUGUAAAAGGAAAAAAGAACAGUGCAAAACACCGGAUUUCAAUACAAUCAUCGUUUUUCUUUUUGGAUUCUAUUUUUUCUAUUUACUUUUUUGCCAAUGAAGACAACCAAAUUUAGAAACAGAUUGCGAUAUCCUUUCCGCAAGGAAGACAAAAGUUACUUGUGUAUCUUUAACCAGAAAACCAAACAAAAACAGCAGCAACACAAAACUACAAGUUUGAACUGAGCAAACCUAUCGCUCAGAAAACACCUACACAUUAAAAAAAAAGUAUAUUAAUAUGACACAAUCUUAUACAUAUACAAGAACAAACAACAUAGAUAGGAAUUAUUUUUAAAAAGUUCACGUGAAGGAAAAACAACAAAACAAAUUUACAGAAUUGAAAGGCAAAUCAGUUGGGCCCUCUAUCUCUAAUCGCAUAAAUACAAACAAGCAAAACAACUUACACAUACAACAAUAGCUGACUGGAGUUGCAGUAAACACACUAACUAAACCCAGUACUUUAUUUUUAAGGAAUUGGGUCUCCGAGUGAAAUUCCCGCUAAUAAAAAAAAAAACACACAAUGUUAGUGAGUAGACAAAGUAUUAAAACCAAACUUCUUAAACGAACGACAAGCAAGUAAACCUUAACCAACAACAAGCAAACAACAUUAAACACACUCAUACAUACGCCACGAAGCAAUUACCUAGAGAUGGAAUGAGGAAAAUAUAAUUAACUUUACCGAAAGCAAGGAACAACAUAUGUUUAAAACAUACACUAACUUGAAAACUACAAUUAUUAAGAGGCAAAUAAACUGAUCCAAUGGAAGGAAACACGUUGAAGAGUAGUCAAUACUAAACAUAAUCUUGUAGAUCGUAGAAGGCGCACAUAAUUUUAGUGUAAUUCUUUUUUGAAACCCAUUUAUUAACUGCUUCGCCAAGGUACAGAAUGGUGCAAUGACUUUAAUUUUAGUGACGAUGUUAGAGACGACCAAUGAACGCGCGACCACACUGUGUUGUUCCUCCAUUCCUUAGAGCUCUCUAUCAAGCUAAAUCUAUUUCAACUAUCGCCCCCCGCCCUCCUUCCCCCGCCUCCCCGGCAUCCCUCGUACAGUAGUGUCUAGUUGUGUUGUUAGUGAGUUUCUGCUUUGUUACCCGAUCGAAAUAAGAGGACAAAAUCAAGAUAAAGCGGUUCGAACUAGAUGGUAGCAGUGUUACUACAUAUUAGAUGACCCCGAAUUUUGAGUUCUGUCUUUUUUGACAGGCGAACCGUUCCUGAGUUGACACAAUCGUUUUGUAUGUUCGAAAUCGCAAAAUCAAAGUAGACCGUUGUUUCCCGCUUUUGGCCCCGUCUUAUCCUACCCCCUCCGAACAGAGUGGAACCGAACAGUCAUGGGUAGCAGAAGGCGGUGGAAUUAUGACAGAUUAGUGCGCGGUUGAUAUUCGUAGUAGCAGUUGACUUUUUUCGUAGGAUUUGUAUAGAAAGAAAUAAAAAAAAAAAACAACAGCAGCAGCAGCAACAGCAAACCAAAACAUCAACAACCAAGAAAGUUUAAUCGAAGCAAACUAUGCAAACAAGUCUUCUACUAGAGAACAAAAUAUGAUUGCAGAAAAAAAAACAAGCCUCCGGGCUUACUUUAAGAGAAAUAAUAAGACAGAAUAUUGAAAAUCACUCCCAGAUUUUUUGAAAGGAGGCAACCAUAUCUUUAUAUAUAUACAUAGUCAAAAUGGAGUGGAAGUGAACUAGGAAAUACCAUGGUGAGGAAGGUGAAAUACUAUUAUUAUGAUCAUUUGAAAACAAAACAAACUGUAAUCUACUUGAGGUGGGUGUGACGGACCUGAGAAGGUAAAAGGAUCGUGAGCAGUUAUUGAACCAAAAUGCUUGAGAUAAUUUGACCCUGUCCUUUUACAGCAGCAGCAGCAACAACAACAACAACAACAACAACAAACCAAAAUCAACGCACACAUACAUACACACACAAUUUAAUUCUAGAAGGAGCCAGAUUGGACAAGAGUGUGGUAACGUAGGUGAACAUUUCAAAAGAUAGUGUUACCUUAAACAGACGGUUUGCAGCUUCGCAUUUAAGUGGUUAUCAUUUGUUUUCGUUUUGUUUUGAAUUUUUACGCAACCCAUUCCGGUGUCAGGCAGGCAGCAGAUAUGCGAUUGGUAUUUGCUACGAGUAGGAGCUCUCUGGCUUGUAUGUUAAACAGUUAACCUCAAAGUUAAGUUAUGGGAGUAAUGCCUUGUAUUCUAGCAGAUUUUUCAAACAAGAAAAAAACAUUCCAUCCGAGAUUUUCUACGAUAAGAACAGGAAAUCCACCGACACUUUUGGAAAUAACAGAAUCUUCUUAACCCAGAUCAGAAAUGAUUAUUCAAAACCAGAAAGUAAAACUGUUUAGUUGGCGAACCCAACACCUGAAGCUUUGGUGUCAGUGUGCAUAGAAAUCUCAGCAGAAAAUUAGUCGCUUUCUUCUAACAAACAUCACCGGUUCCAUAAUGUAUAAAGAAAAUAAUAACUUGGCUCUGUAAAGUUUAUUCGAUUGAGCCUGUACAAAUAAAGUAAUUAACAAACAAAAUCACCGAUUCCGGGGUGGCCACCAGUGUAGGAAAAAAAUCAUAAAAUCAAAUCUCACCAAUGCCCAAGAUCACGCUUGAUUUUCGUAGACAAAAAUCAACAAGUAAACAACUGCGAUUGAUUUUGCAAGCUGUGCCAUCGCAGCUCGGAAUAUCAAGCUAACAAAACUCAUCACCUGCAAAUCUCAACAAACUGUGGUGAGAUUGAGUGUCAUGAUUUUUGCUUAACACCCGAACGCAACCGAAACUUCCAUAACGGCUGGCAGCAGUCACUUCGUUUCUGCCAUCGGCGAAGAGUAAAAAGAGAUAGCAAACUAUACUUUCUCUUUCUAAGAAAACGAUGUGCAAUGGAAUCAUGUUUGUGUCGAGUCAACUCUCAGCUUGAUGUUUGCACCUUGUGAAUAGUCGCGCAAUAUCAAAGGAGCUUGAUAUUGAGAGCGUAGGAGAGCGGAAAAACAUCAUUUGAUUGAUGAUUUUGCCAACACUGGUGGCCACUAGAUUUAAAAAUUUAAAUUCCCAGUUUCCCCCGGUUGUCAGACAUAGUUUUCCCGGUUUGAUUGUAGCAGCUAAAUAUGAUAAAAAUAUCGCAGUUGUACUACAAGUUUUCUCGAUGUUUUACAAGAGCUUGAUAAAAUCAAAACUGUAACUUGGAUUUCGGGUUU